AUGGGUAUUCUUCGCCACGGAGUCACCUUGCGACCCCUCACUACCUCUGCUUCCAAAUCCAUGUCCGCUACGACGAUAUCGAGACUACCUUUCUCGCGGAGUCUAGCAGUAUCCGGUGCCAGGAUGGCUUCGAGUUUUAUUCCUGGCGAGCCAGACCGUCCCGUGCUGAAGACGGAGAUCCCCGGUCUGGCAUCCAAAGAAUACAUCACCAAAUUAACUCGGGUCUUCGACACCCGAAGUUUAAACAUGCUCGCCGACUAUACCAAGAGCGUGGGGAACUACAUCGUCGAUCCGGAUGGGAAUGCUCUGCUCGAUGUUUACGCUCAAAUUGCCUCGAUACCUGUCGGGUACAACAACCCGGUUCUCAGGAAAGCUGCCGAAAGUCCGGAAAUGGUGACGGCACUCAUCAACCGACCUGCUUUGGGUAACUUCCCUUCACACGACUGGGCCGAGGUCUUGGAGACUGGUAUCCUCAAGGUAGCACCCAAGGGACUUAACCAGGUCUUCACGGGCAUGGCCGGAUCGGAUGCGAACGAGACGGCCUUCAAAGCAGCCUUCAUGUGGCGACGUCAACGCGACCGGGGCGGCCCCGCCGUCGAGUUCACCGAGGAAGAGUUGGAGUCCUCCAUGCUGAACAAAUCCCCGGGCGCGUCCGAGCUCUCCAUCCUGUCUUUCAAGACCGCCUUCCACGGCCGCUUGUUUGGCACCCUCUCCACCACCAGGUCGAAGCCCAUCCACAAGCUCGACAUCCCCGCCUUCGACUGGCCCCACGCUACCUUCCCCCAGCUCAAGUACCCCCUCGAGGAGCACGCCGAGGAGAACGCAAAGGCUGAAGCCGACUCCCUAGCCGAGGUCGAACACCUCAUCAAAAACUACCACGUGCCCCCCGCCGCCGUGAUCGUCGAGCCCAUCCAGUCCGAGGGCGGCGACAACCACGCCUCGCCGGCCUUCUUCCGCGGCCUACGCGCGCUGACCAAGAAGCACGGGGUUCUCUUGAUCGUCGACGAGGUGCAGACAGGCGUGGGCGCGACGGGCAAGUUCUGGGCGCACGACCACUGGGACCUGCCCGAACCGCCCGACAUGGUGACGUUCAGCAAGAAGGCGCAGACGGCCGGGUUCUACUACGGGGACCCGACGCUGCGGCCCAACAAGCCCUACCGGCAGUUCAACACGUGGAUGGGCGACCCGGCGCGCGCGCUGCUCUUCCGCGCCAUCAUCGAUGAGAUCCACCGGCACGACCUGGUGGGCAACACGGCGCGCGUGGGCGACUACCUCUACGGCAAGCUCGAGGCCCUGUCCAGGAAAUACCCGGGCCAGUUCGCGAACCUGCGCGGCAAGGGCCAGGGCACCUUCAUCGCCUUCGACAACCCGGACCGCGACGGCUUCCUCAGGAAGGCCAAGAAGUUCGGCGUGAAUAUCGGCGGCAGCGGCGAGACCGCCGUCCGCUUGAGGCCCAUGCUUAUCUUCGAGAAGCACCAUGCUGAUAUCCUGGUCGAGGCGCUGGAGAAGGUCGUUUCGAGCUGA